AUGUUCCUCAAGGUCAAGCUGCUCCUGGGCCGGAGAUGUAGCCUGAAGGUGUCGGGGCGAGAGAGCGUGGCCAUGCUGAAGAAGCUGGUGUCCGAGCGGCUGCAGGUGCCCGAAUAACAGCAGCACCUGCUCUUCCGUGGCCAGCUUCUGGCUGAUGACAAGCAUCUCUUCGACUACUGCAUUGGGCCCGAUGCCUCCAUCUAUGUCAUUAUGCGGCCCCUGGAGAAGACGGUGCCCGAGGAGGCCCACCAGCCCCAGCCCCUGUGGCACCACCUGGGCCAGGUCCUCGCCAAACACUUUGGGCCCCAGGACACCGAGGCAGUGCUGCAGCUGCUGAGGCAGGACGGGGAGCUGGAGCAGCUAGCGCCGGACCUCCUGAGCAAGGAGCCGCUCGCGGAGCCCACGGGGGAGAGCGAGCCUGAGGCUCGGAGACCAGGAGACAAGGAGGAGGAGGAGGAGGCUGAUCAGUAAACCGGCCAUCCUACCCGUUUGCGCUCUCAAAUUCACCCAGCCUCAUCCUUAAGUGUUCCCUGGUGACUCCCCACUAGUUCCUGCUGAUGUAGACGCACC